AUGAGCGUCCUACAUCUUAUUCGCAUUGACGAUCUCUCGGAUUCUGGUGUGUUUGUCAGUUCUGAUACCUUCGGCGGGAACGACGGCAAUAACGAUGGAGGUGACUCCGGCGGCCUUGGUGGACAACUGAGCAGUCUCUUCUCACCGUUCUUCCCUCCGAAUUCACAGAGUAGCCAGAGUUCCAUUUUGACACUGUCAGCUUCAUCUACUCCUUCGUUGACUUCCUCUCCGAGUCCGUCAGACGCACCGCAGCCUCAACCGACUUCCUCAGAAAACGUCUCUUCCGCUGCGUCGAACGCGUCUUCAUCUUCAUUCGCGGCGGCUUCAGACACUGCUUCUGCUUCAGACACAGUUUCUGCUUCACCUAGUGCAACGGCCAGCGGCAGUCCUUUUCCUGCACCUUCGGGUCCUUCUGACUCUGCGUCGAGUACCGUGUCAUCGACCGCGUCUGCGAGCCAUACUGGAAGCGCGUCUUCAUUUGCUGCGGCUGCUGCUACUUCGGCCCCGCCGAAGUCUUUCUUGCAGAACAAGGCGCUCUCUGUGGGUGUCAUCACAGCUGCGUCUCUCAUUGGCCUUGUUCUACUCAUUGUCAUCGCUACGUUUGCUAUCCGGAGACGGAGGCGAGACAAGCUGCAACCCGAUGCGGUCGACUUCGACCCGGAUGCCUCGUCCGAUCAGCUUGUCGGUGGCGGAGGCGACGUCGAACAUGGCAAUAGGCCACGCAUCUCGCGUGAGCGCAGGGCCUCCAAGGGAACAGGUAGCAACGAAUCCAGUCAAGCUGAAUCAUCGCCCGCUGGCCCCUCAUAUGGUCAGACUGUGGUGAACCAGAACUCGGAGAUGUUCGAGAGGACUGGAUAUCCAGCCCUUCCCGUUUUCGUCCCUGCGGCGACAGCGGACGGGGAGAGGUAUCCCACAAUGGGCUAUUCGAGUCAAAGCGCGUACCCUGCGUACAACACCAACACGUACGAGCAUGGCUAUCCAUACAAUGCUCUCCUGCCUACUACUGUUGGACCUCCCCGGGGCCAGGGACCGUCUAAUCUGCCGUACGAUACCACUUAUCCGCGCACGCUCCAUCCCCCACAGCGCAAGCAGGUCCCCGCCCUCAUCCCGCUAGACAUCGGUGCUACCACUGCACCCCAGGCGCAUUCCAACUCCGGCCCUCCGUCCGCACUCUCAAUCAUUUCCCUCUCUGCCAGUCCUUUACGGGCUGCUGCAAUGGAGAACUCUGCGAACCCGCCUGCCUACAGUUCCGUUGCCCUCCCUCCCCCGAAACGCUCAUCACAGCUCCGUCGCGUGUCGGCUUCGCCGAUGGAAUCUUCUCUGACGUCUGGCACAAUCGGGGAUGGGCAGGGUAUGGUGAGGAUGGACCCUACACUACCGCAGAUCCCGGUCUUUGCACUUUUGCCGGAUGAAUUUGGUGGGACGCUCAUGCAGGAGAUUCAGAGUGACGAGAAGCGCGCUCGCCGAUUCACUGUGCGAAAUGAAUAA